CGAACCCACACUUUCCGUUGCUAUCAACUGCCAUGCGCGGCGAUCAUGAGCUCCGGCCUGGGCAGUAGAGCGCACUCACCUCCUAUUCCAAGUGAGGACACGCCUCUGCCGUCGUAUAUCGCGCGCCACUUCAAUUUCGGCUUCGACUCCGACGAUGUCUCCGCCUUGAUCACCUCCAUCGAUGCGAGCCAGGACCACACGUCCAUUCCCAGCCUGCCGAAGCUUCCAGCCGAAGUCCUCUUCAAUAUCGUCGGUUAUGUGCCGAUUGACUACAUCCUUCAAUGGCGGCUUGUGUGUCGCGGCUUUCGCGACUGCAUCGAUGGCCCUGUCAUGUAUAACUGCAUCACAAGAGCCGAGAUAAUUGGGCUCGUGGGCGCUCCCGACACACUCAACUGGGCCGGGGUACCCCCGGAGCUACAUAAGGAUCUUGCUUGCAUGCGAUGUAGCUUCGAGCGCUUGGAUGACUCUGUCGAGCCAGCGGGAUCCAAGCUGACAAACGCGAAGUGGGGUGCUCGCCACGCUGUAUUCCGCAUUGAUGAUGGCUGGCUUGACAAGUUUCUUCUGGCUGAAACAAUUUCCACUGACAGACACAGAGCCCAGAAUUUCCACUUCCUAGUAGAAAGGCUGCAUCUUGAGGGCUCUGCAGACGCCUUUGGGAAAAUGAGAUGGUGCAUGCGGUUGGAUAGCGCUGUUCUGGAUCUCGAAUUCCCCAUUCAAGCAUUAAGAGAAAGGCUCACCCUCGACUUGCCUAGCAAAAGGGUGAUGAUCGAGUGGAAGAGACUCCUCUUCCGAUUUAUUCAAGGCGAAACGCAACUAAGGACCAUUAUGGAACAGAAACGUGACUCAGAGUUCUCGUUCGGCCGAAAAGAAGACUGCUUAAGGGAAACUCGUCGGCGAAGACUUCGUGCUAGCUUGGACAAGAACAACUCGGACCACUCCCUCACCCGGUGGGGACUCAGUACGCUACCAGGUCUCUUCGGAAAGCGUAUAGAUCUUGUGCCAGCUGAGGAGUUUGACGUGUUAAAGCGUUCUGAGGAUAGUGCGAUUGCUUUCCUGAUGCCUGCACGUAAGGAAGCCGGAAUGGCCAAGGUUGAGCGCGGCCGACUCUGGAAGCUUGCUGAAGACCACAGCGGCAUGAUCGAUGCGCUGAACAACAUCAGGAAACUUCACACCGACUGGCAAAAUACUUUACUAGUGACACCAAACUCUACAUCGAACAUGAUUGAAUCUACGUCGCCGGGAAACCCCUUCAAGUGGAGCGACGACGAGAGACAUAGAAAGGAAGCACAAGUUUUGAAGUGGAAGGCACAGCAGGCAAACAUACAACAGGUGGUCCGCCUCUUCGAAGAGUCCAUUGAGGCAGUUUCCGUGCCGGAGAACGCAUUUGACGAUUCUGGAAGCGAGAUUUGAUUGGUCUUUCUUUUCGUUAGAU